CUCUUUGUCAAAGCGGGUCCAAUUUAUUUUCUCGUGGUUGGUUUGGUCACGUGCAUUCUCGCUCUGAUGAUGUACUUUGCUCUGCAGUGGUCAUCUAAUGUUGCGCCAGACGUCUCAGGUAUUGAAUUUGGAAAAAAGCGACGAGCAAAGUCUUCUAUUUAUAUUGGAUAGCCCUAUCGGUUCUAAAUUACUAUUCCCAGAGAUUCAUUCCUUGAACGUUCAGUGUUAGUUCAGGAAAUAAAGUAUUGAUGAAACACUCUGGAUCUCUAGGAAAGAACAGUUUAGAACUGAUAGAGCUAUCCAGUAUAAAUAAAGUUAGUUUAGUUUAGGUUUCCUCCUGUAGUAACACUGGAUCAGUAAGAGAUGAACCUUACUGGACCUCUAGGAAGAACAGUUUAGAACUGAUAGAGCUAUCCAGUAUAAAUUAAGUUAGUUCAAUUUAGGUUUCCUUCUGUUAGAAAGUCUGGAUCAAUAAGAGAGGAUCCUUACUGAACCUCUGGGAAGAACAGUGUAGAACUAUAAUUAAAGUUAUUUUACAGUAGUUCAGGUUUCCUCCUGUAGUAUGACUGGAUCAAUAAGAGAUGACUCUUACUAGAUCUCUACUAAAAGAACAGUGUAGAACUGAUAGAGCUAUCCAGUAUAAAUAAAGUUAGUUUAGUUUAGGUUUCCUCCUGUAGUAGGCCUAACACUGGAUCAAUAAGAGAUGAUCCUUACUGAACCUCUAGGACUAAUAGAGCUCAUCUAUUCUUUUAUUCAGCAACCUCGCUGCUACGAAACAUCUACAACACGCUUUGUCAGUGCAAGAAUUUCAGACGCAGAUCAAGCGAUGAGAAAUAUGAAUACACUCAACUCCUGCCUACGCUUGUGGAAAUGUCUAGUACUUCCACGUCAAUGGAGUCGACGGAGCAGGGGACCGAGGAUAGUACGAGCACCUUGGUAGCAAAAUCUAACAGCCUCACAUCUGUUGCCUCCAUCGACGAGUAACAAUGUUAAACAGAAAUAUACUCUGUAUAUAUACUGUAAACAGAAAUCUGCUGCGAUUACGUUUUCGCCUCUGCUUGUUUGUUGGUUUGUCAUAUUUCAGAAGGGAAAUCCGGAAACGUCAGUAAUGAUGGCAGUAAUGUUUCCGAAGACAAAUCAAAUAUAAUAUACUUGAAUACAAAAUUGAUGAAGGAUAUUUAAACUCUGUCAUACUUUUCGCGAUGUGUAUAAAAAACCAUAUGCAUAAUCCACGCAUAGGCUAUGCAUGAAUAUUGACUUUCCUCCAGAGAGAGUAUAUCAGAUCGUAUUAGACAUAAUUUUGCCUGAGCGUGGAAGAUUUAUUUAUGUGUCAAGAUAAAGUUUGGAAAUAAUCAUCCAUAUGACGUAUAUUAAAAUCUAUUAUUCCGCAGGCGGACUUCAGGCCUUAAAAUAUCUUUUCCAGGGCCGUCUGACAAAAUUAAAUGUCCGGUGACGUUGAGUUUGGUUUAGACUCCGGUGACCUUCAGUUCAGUUUAGACUCGGAAAUAAGUCUGAAUGACACAAAUGAAUAAACGGUAAAUGUUGUAAAGAUAUUGAAUACUUUGUUUCUUUCAUACUUAUUUCCAAGCCAAAAUUAACUUGCUUGCCAGCACAACAGUAUUGAAAAAGACUUCGACAACUUAAGCCCGUUUUCCUCUUCACCAUUUCGCUCGCCGCCCCACGCUCGACUACGCUAAAACAACAUUUCCAGUUCACCUAAUCACCUUUUAUACAAUAGUACUCUGAUUUUCCAUUUAACAUACAAGCCUCUAGUCCUGGGCUAGGGUACAUUUUGAUUUACGUCGGACAAAGCCGAUAAUUUGGUCGGACACCAAUACACUCGGGUCGGACAAACAAUAAACCUCAGUUUCACUUAGGUCGGACAGAAUGUCCGGUGGUUUCCUCUCUACGUCGGACAAUUUCACGAACGGGUCGGACAAUGUCCGUGAUCGACCGAUAUUUUAAGGCCUGACUUGUGUUUGAUUUCUGGUACGAGUUAUUUUUUGGUCAUUCUACUGAUGAAGAAGAAAUGUAAUAUAUCUUUAUAUUAAAAAAACCUCAGCUUGAUCAACUUUUUCACUGUCAAAGUUUCCAGAUAUGAUGUCAUUUGAUGAAAUCAAUUUUCCUUCGUUGUUUGUUCCAAAAAUUCAUCUCAUGACAUCGUGUCCGGAAACGUAUGUCAGUGAAAAAGAUGAUAUUUUUAAAUAUAAACAUACAUUACGUUUCUUCUUAUAGAAAGACCCAAAUAGUAGUACAUUAGUACAUGCUUCAUUUAUAGA